CGCACAGGUGCUCAUUGAAAAGACAAACACAGAAGGUUACUGUCUGUCAGCGUCACGGGAAUCAAAGACUGGGACAGCCCCGGGAAGAGACUGAGCUACAUAGGAAAAUAGCAUCAUAAAAAGCAGGGACGAAAGGAAAGAUGGCAAACUUCAAGGGUCACGCUCUGCCAGGAAGCUUCUUCAUGCUCUUCGGUUUGUGGUGGUCGGUGAAGUACCCGCUCCGACAGUGCUGGAGGAGGGGCCAGCCGCAAGGACGAAGCAGACUCCCGCUGUUCUUCAACCGGAUAGACCUCGCGGAGGGGGCGCUCAAGAUCUUCUUCGCCUUCGUGGGCAUCAUGGCAGAGCAGUUUGUGCCCGACGGGCCCCACGCCCACCUGUACACCGCUGACUCAUGGGUGAAGCUGAUGAACUGGCAGCACAGCACCAUGUACCUCUUCUACGGCAUCUCCGGCAUCGCCGACGUCCUCUCCACGUCCUCCCUGCCCGUCCCGCAGGGGCUCGACCGCCUCGGCCUCUCCCUCGCCCUCUUCGUCGAAGGGUUCCUGUUCUACUUCCACCUCCACGGCAGGGAGCCCCUGGACGUGCACGUGCACUCCCUGCUGCUGGUGGCCGUGUUCGGGGGAGCCGCCAGCACCUUGCUGGAGGUCUUCAUGAGGGACCAGCCGGUGCUGGAGCUGGCGAGGAGCAGCCUGGCCAUCCUGCAAGGCAGCUGGUUCUAUCAGAUCGGUUUUGUUCUGUACCCGCUGAGCGGGCCCGAGUGGGACCAAACGCUCCACGACAACAAGAUGUUCAUCACCAUGUGCUACUGCUGGCACUACGCCGUGGCCCUGCUCAUCACCGGCAUUAAUUACAGCCUGGUAUACAUCUGUGUGCAGAGGUUCAUUGGGAAGGCCAGGGACAUGGAGUUUGGACUGCAGAAGACCUGCUCCUCGGACUCCAGCUCACAGAAGGCUUUGCUUCAGGACUCUGAAGAGGAGUAGACAGGGAGAGACUGAACAUCCUGACAAUCCAAAACUCUGGUCCAAACGGCGGGGGAAAUCCAGGAACUUCCUUUCAACAGAGCCCUGGUCUCCUGUGAUUUGCUUGUUUUUAUACUGUGAAAGUGACACUGUAGAAAUGUAAAUGUUUUUAUUCUUAAAAGACAAAUAUCAUAAUGUAUAUAGCACCUUGUGGGCGCAAGUACGCUCAAUUGUACAUGCUUCCUUGCACAACCCUUGUAAUUAAUUUAUGUAAGUAAUGCAUUCAAUGAAAUAUUAUAAUUAUUCUUAUAAUGGGCGUUAAAUUAUUCUUAUAACGGGCGUUAUUUCAAUAAAGAAGUUUUUUAUUCA